AUGCUGCCACCGCGCUGCCUCCUCGCGCCCGAGCUGCUCGAGGCGAUCGCCGUCUUCCUCGCGUCGCCGCUCGAGCUCUUUGCACUUCUCGAGGUGCUGCCCCAAGAUGCGCUCUCGUCACCGCUCGCCAGCCUCCGCGCGCUCCACGAGGCCACGACCUCGCACGUCUUCACGUAUGCCAAGUACAACGAAGUGUACUUCAAUGGCAUCUCGCUCUGGCCAACGCUCGCGCUGCCCC